GUCACUUCCGCCCCUUUUAUUUGCGCCAUUUUGGAUAGGGCAGCUUCGAGGCUGGAUGUGUAUUGUCUGUCAGAGAAAAGAAUGGGCAAAACGGUAGCGGCUGCCGAACAAUCAUAGACAGACUUCAGGCUGUUAAUGUAAAGAGUGGCUCCGCCGGUAGUUGUUCCCAACAACAGGACAUGUGUCCGCCCUCACCGCUCCGGGGAAUGGAGGUUUUAACUGUCUAAUGAGGCUCGGAGGCUCUCUGUCCCCGUUUGCCGACCGGAGGGAAGAGGGAAGAGGAUAGCCCUGUUCGGAGAGGGAGAGUCGGCUUGGGAGGGUGAGAGCGACGGCCGGUGGCUGGUUCUCUGGUUCUCCCUCACGAAGACAGCUGUCACCUGGAGGAUACUAGUGAGAUCUCUGGAGGAAAGAGUCCACACAUCUCCUCAGUCACUCUGAGGAGCCACAGCCACUCAGACGGAGCUCUGGAUGUGAAAGCAGGUGGGCAGAAUGUUCCAGCUCCCUGUCAAUAACCUGGGCAGUCUGCGGAAAGCGAGGAAAAAUGUCAAAAAGGUCCUGGGAGACAUCGGCUUGGAGUUCUGUAGAGAUCACCUAGAGGAUUAUAAAGACUUUACACCUCCAGAGGUGUAUAUAAAGCACACUACCUGGGAAGAUGUGUGCAUGUGGGAACCAUCACAUACCAAAGUCCAGGACUACAGAUCAAAGCCCUUCUGCUGCUCUGGCUGCCUCUUUUCAUCCAAGUACUUCUCUGCAUACAAGAGCCAUUUCCGCAAUGUCCACAGCGAGGACUUUGAGAACAACAUUCUGCUCAACUGCCCCUACUGCACUUACAAUGGCAACAAGAAGACUCUGGAAACACACAUCAAACUUUUCCACAUGCCCAACAGCGCGGUGCGACAGGGCCCCGGUGGCAUGGUGGCGGGAGCUGGUGGGAUCAUGAUAAAGGACGGGGUGCUUAAAAGGACUGGGGACAGUGUGGAACAGGCGGUGUACUACUGCAAGAAGUGCACCUACAGGGACCCUUUGUACAAUGUAGUGCGAAAGCACAUCUACCGGGAACACUUCCAGCAAGUGGCCCAGCCCUACAUUGUGAAACCAGGAGAGAAGACUAACACUCAGAAUGGCGGCACAGGGAAUACAGACAGUAAUAACACAAACAAUGUUAACAGUAACCAGAUUCACUGCAAGAAGUGUCUGUUUGUUCCAAGGACCUACGAGGCACUUGUCCAACACGUCAUUGAGGACCACGAGAGGAUUGGCUACCAGGUGACUGCCAUGAUAGGGCACACCAGCGUGAUAGUCCCCCGUCCCAAACCCAUCGUCAUGAUCCCCCCCAAAACCCAGGGAGACAAGACCAUCAUUGGGAUGGGCCCGAAAGGUGCAGUAAUGGCUACUACCAGGUCUCCUGGCUCCCAGCAGCUGGGUCGGGUUAUCAUCUCGUCAAAGACGGGCUUCAGCGCUCAAAAUCUUCUAUCUGGGAUGAAACACGACGCAAUAAGGUUGAAGGCUGGGACCACGCAGUUCUCUUUGGGCAGCCAGCAGGUGAGGGUCACCUUACCAGGGAAUGCUCAGGUGUCUGUUCCCCAGCAGUCACACGCAGCAAAGCAGCUCCUCUCUGGCGGCAGCCUGCGGAGUCCAGUCGUGGUCAGUGGCUCUUCUUCACUCAAAUCCAACCCUCUGGGUUCACGUGUGCAGGCGGCAGCUACUACUGUAGCUUCUGUCACGGCCAAGAAAGGCUCCUCGGUCCUCGGCACAUCCUACACUCAGAAGUGGAAAAUCUGCACCAUCUGCAAUGAGCUCUUCCCCGAGAACGUGUACAGUUCUCAUUUUGAGAAAGAGCACAAAGCGGAGAAGGUGCCCGCUGUAGCCAACUACAUCAUGAAGAUCCACAACUUCACCAGCAAGUGUCUGUACUGCAACCGAUAUCUCCCCAGCGACACCUUGUUGAACCACAUGUUGAUCCACGGUCUGUCCUGCCCACACUGCCGCGCAACCUUCAAUGACGUGGAGAAGAUGGUGGCCCACAUGCGGCUGUCACACCCCGACGAGAGCGUCGGCCCACGCACAGAUUCUCCCUUGACCUUUGACCUCACUCUGCAGCAAGGCAAUCCCAAGAAUGUUCAGCUGAUUGUCACUACUUACAACAUGCGAGAUGCCCCUGAGGAGUCGGUGGCGUUUCAUGCUCAAAACAACAACUCCUCUGUGUCAUCAGCCUUGUCUGCCUCCCUGAUAUCAGGCAAGAGAUUAAUGCCUCAGCACACACCCAAAACACCUUCAGGGGCUGCUGACAGUGCACCCACCAAGAGUGCCCCGCAGGCAUCUGUGCCCUACAAGAGGGAUGUGGGCAAGACACUGUGUCCUCUCUGCUUCUCUAUCCUCAAGGGCCCAAUCUCAGACUCACUGGCCCACCAUCUGAGAGAGAGGCACCAGGUGAUUCAGACAGUCCACCCUGUAGAAAAGAAACUGACCUACAAGUGCAUUCACUGCUUGGGGGUUUACACUAGUAACAUGACAGCCUCCACCAUCACUCUACACUUGGUGCACUGUCGAGGUGUAGGGAAGUCCCAAAAUGGCCAAGACAGCCGGGCAGCUCAUACCUCUCGGGUCAGCCAGGCUCAGAGCAGCGCUCUCAAACGGCCCAGCUUCGAUAGCUCUGACACUAGUGCGCCAAAACGAAGGAAGCCGCCUGGCGAAAGGGCCCACCCACGGGACAGUCACACUACGUUUGUGGAAAAUCCGGACGAACCUGUAGUUCUGGCUCUCGACCCCAAAGGACACGAAAACGAGUCGUACGAAUCCAGGAAGGCGUUCCUAACGCAGUAUUUUAAUCAAGCGCCGUAUCCGACACGGCGGGAGGUGGAGAAGCUGGCCUCCAGUCUGUGGCUGUGGAAGUCCGACAUCUCCAGCCAUUUUGUCAACAAAAGGAGGAAAUGCGUACAGGAAUGCGAAUCCCAAAACGCCAGCGUAUUGCUCGGGUUCAGCAUGCACGAGGUCAGCAAAGUGAAUCACGAGCUGUCUUUGGUCCAGGACGGCGUGUACGAGGGCCGACACAGCAAGAGGCGGACGUCUAGGACGCGUAUCGGGCUGUCAGAACAGGCUCUCCGGAGACACAGGGAGCUUGUAGCUGCUAACGGUGGCGUGUGGAAGGCAAAGCCAACUGGGACUGCAGAAGGUAGUAAAGGAACGCCAUCUGCCCCCAAACCCAACUGUGCCAGCAGAGACCAAACCAAGACAAUCAACAGCACCUUACUACAGAAAUUACCUCUAGACCUCUCAGAGCCCAUCGCCAUCGACUCUGACAGCGACGAGGAAGAGCAGCAGAAGGAUAACAAGGGAGGAGAGGGAGAGGUACAUCUCCAUGGCAACGCACAGCUUACUGGAGCUAAGGAGAGAAUGGAGCCGAGGACGGGGGACAAGACCGUUUCAGAUCUGGAUGAUAUGUCAGACGAAGACGACGACGAAGAUGACGACGACGACGAGGACGAUGAUGACGACGACGAAGAGGACGAAGAGACGCACGUAGAGAACGGCUUCGGGCCCACGGAGGGCUCGGAAAGACAGGCUGCUAAAGGAAGAGACACUCUGCCCAUCAUUAUUCCCAAGUUUGUACCGUCAUCUGCGAGGAGCAGGAGCGACGGGGCCCAGCUGGGCAAACAGCAGGUCUGACUGAUAAAAUCAAAAGGACUCAUAGUCAGAGAGACACUUUAGAUUUGAUCCACGCCAACAAAUCUGCCUCGCCUGAACUGAAGGACGCUGCCCACUUCCAGUGGCUGCCUGUGAAGGAGGGAGCGAUGAGGAGAGAACUCGAAACAAGCCAUCCAAUGACUUUUAAAGGCAGGACUCAAUGAGCAGCUAGGGUUGAUGUAAAGAUUUGUGAACAAAGUUUUAACGUUCCUUCCCCGAGUGGGAGGGGAAGUGCAAAGACAACAGAAGUCACACCAAACAAAUAGAAAGUUUUUUGCCUUCUAUAUACUUUAUUACAUUGAGAUAAGAAGUUAUUAACGUUGAUUUAGCCACUGAACUUGGCUUAAAAUAUUGAGUUGUUGUGAGGUAAAGCUUUUAAGCUGACCAGAUAAUCCAUCAUUUUUCAUGUAGUUAUACUGAGAUGGGUAGUGUAAAUUUGUACAGUCUUUUAGACAUGUUUGGACAGAUGUUGCCGUACAUGUACCCUUAAAUAUUUGCUAUUACCUGUGUGUAAGGUAGCCUCAUAUGUUCUACAUUGGUAUGCUUAAUGAUAGUUGUCGCUUUGGUGGCUGGUAUUUUCUCGUAUGUUUAAGUUUAUUUUUUAACAAAAACCUAGUUUUUUUGCAAAAUAAUAUAUCUAUAUAUAAAUGACAUAACAAUUGAUUUGUUUUUGCUUUAAACUUGAUUAGAUUUUAUUUUUUUAAUUUUCCUUUUACUAUCAUUUCUGUUUUGAGAGAAUAGCAGCACUGAGCUGUCCUCUUACGGUUCCAGUUAAAGGAGCAUUUCAUCAACUUUUUGCAGCCUUAUGCUCAUUAGCCUCGACUGAACUCUACUUGCUUUCUAUUUUCACAAUUUUAACUUGAUGUUUCUUUGCCCCACAAGACUGGACAGUAACCACCAUACUGACAUCCCCUAAAGUGAAAGCAUUUGUUCUGGGGAUUUUUUUUUUCCAAAAAAGAGAGUUGUGUUAAAUUUGUGUUCUCUUUGAAUUGUGUGUAUUUGUUUUAUGUUUUCAUUUUUCACUUAAGCAUUUAUGAACAAUAAAGUGCUGUAAUUGUGCUUCUCACAGAA